AUGAAAUACAAUGCUCAUAUUAACGUGGAAAUAUGUGCAACUGUAAAGAGUAUCAAAUAUCUAUUUAAAUACGUUUACAAGGGACACGACUGUGCUAACAUUAAAUUGCAACGACCAGUUCAAGAAGAUACUGCUGCCGCUCAAGGAACUUUGGAAUGGGAUGAAAUUAAAGCACAUCUUGAUGCAAGAUAUGUAAGCGCACCUGAAGCUGCAUGGAGACUUUUUGAAUUUCCAUNAUCUGCAGGAUCCAAUGGGAUCCAGCGGGAUCCAUCGGGAUCUGCAGGAUCCAAUGGGAUCCAGCGGGAUCCAUCGGGAUCUGCAGGAUCCAAUGGGAUCGAGCGGGAUCCAUAG